AUGGUUUUAGAGACUUUCGAUGUAUCAAACAUACCCUUGGUUAAUGCUGUACCACUCACCCCCGAGAACUUCAAACCCUAUGGCGGUGUUAUAAGUGCAGAUCAUCAAAUCAAAAAUGUUGAGAGCAGUGCAGCCAAUUAUGGGACUGCAACAAAGAUUCACAAAGUUGCACCUAUUGUUAAUAACUACAAAGAUUGUCCAAGUGGUAAGGAACCAACGGCCAAUUGGAACAUUUUCAGAUGCAAAGCACCUGUAAACUUGAUCAACACGAAUGGUGAUGGCUCCAAGAUUUAUAAGUCAAGGGUCUUAGAGCGUCAUCCUUACACAACCCAGACGUUCAUCCCUAUGGGUCAAGACUUAUCCAAGAGGUCUUACUUGGUCAUCGUUGCCAAAACAAACGAAAAGACCCCAGAAAGACUACCAAAUCCAGCCAUGAUCAAAGCUUUCAUAUGUAAGGGAAAUCAAUCGGUAACCUAUGGUGCUGGCACUUGGCACGCACCCAUGGUUGUCAUAGAUGAAGAGGCUCCUCAUAUAGAUUUUGCAGUUUUCAUACAUGAAAAUGGGGUUGCCGAAGAAGACUGCCAGGAAUGCUAUUUUGAACCAGGAUAUGAAAUUAAAUAUUCAACAUCUAGAGACAACAAAUUGUAG